AUGGCCCUCGCAAAACCGACGCAGCUCUUUAUUGCGGGGCUGGGCAGCAUGACACACCCAGCGACAAGACAUAGCGUUGGUCAAAUUAUCGUAGACGGUCUGGCUGCGAGGUUAGGCAUCCGGGUAGAGAGCUGCAGGAAUGGUUUCGUGGGCACCGGCAGAAUGAGUCUCGGUGACAAUACGGGAAUGGUUACCCUGUACAAGACCAAAUUUCCCAUGAAUCUCUCCGGCCCUCCCAUCGUAGCGAAGAUGCAAGAACUCAACAUGCGGGACCCGGAGCGCUUGAUUGUCGUCCAAGAUUCCCUGGACCAUGAACCUUUGAGCCUGUCGGUCAAGAAGGGCGGGUCUGCAAACGGUCAUAACGGCGUGAAAAGCACUAUAGCUGCGCUGGGAGGGAAGAGCAACUUCUGGCGCUUACGAGCUGGCAUCGGACGCUCUGGCGGCGACAUCCCCAACUAUGUCCUUGGUCGUCUGUCUAAUCAUGAGCGUACAUAUUGGCGAGAAGAGGGUAUCGACGAGGUCAUAGCAGCAAUCGAGAGGAUAGCAGAGAAGAUGGGCACACGGUAG